GCUACUUUUCUUCCCUCUUUAGAAUUUUAUACUUAUUCCUAACCUUCAUUUUGACCACAGAAGCUCCGAAUCACCAAGAACUUGAAAUCAGAUAUCCAUCUAAUCAUUUGUUCUUUAUCAGGAAUCACAACAGUUCUUAAUUUGCCAAUAAUAAGCAGAGAAAAUAAACAGUUGUUAUGGGUGUUGAAAGUAGAAACAUCAAACAUUUUAUUCCUUGUCUCUUUACUCUAUUCUUCUCAAUUCUUUAUUACAUUACUGCUGCACAAGACAUUAAUUUCAUUACAGCAUCUCAAUACAUUUCAGACAACCAAACACUACUGUCGUCGGGUGAUAAAUUCAAACUAGGCUUCUUUAGUCCUGGUGAAAACUCUAUCAAUCGUUAUGUCGGGAUAUGGUUCCACAAUAUUCAGGGACCUAAUACAACUGUAUGGAUAGCUAACCGAGACAAACCGCUCAAUGAUUCUUCUGGUGUUUUCAAGAUUGCAGAUGAUGGGAAUCUUGUUGUUUUAGAUGGACGAAAUAACAUUGCUUGGACUACAGAUGUUUCGAACAUCACGUCUGGUAACACGAAAGCUGAACUAAUGGAUACAGGCAAUCUUAUUUUAAGAGAAUCGACAAAUAGUAGUAGCAACAAUGGUAAGAUAUUAUGGGAGAGUUUCGAUUACCCAUCUAAUGUAUUCAUUCCAGAGAUGAAGUUUGGUGUAAACGUGAAACCGGGUUUGAGAGGAAAGAUGACUUCCUGGAGAAAUAGCUCCGAUCCUUCUACAGGAAGCUUCAGCUUAGAGUUAGACCCGUCAAGACUUUCUCAGAUUAUAAUCAAGGACGUCUCGAACGAUGAACUGUAUUGGCGAAGUGGGCCGUGGAAUAAUCAAGUCUUUAUUGGCAUCCCAACGAUGUACAACGUUUAUGUUGAUGGAUUCAAUCUUGUUAGAGAUAGUCAACAAGUUUAUCUAACUCUUCGUUACGUAGAAAAUACGUCUAUCAGAAGGUUUGCUUUAGAACCUGAUGGAAAAUUUGUGCUAAGAAAUUGGAUUGAGAAUGACAACGAAUGGUCGGAUGCAUGGUACUCACGAAUUUCGGAUUGUGAUAUUUACAGCAAAUGUGGGCCUUUUGGAAGCUGUGAUGCAUUAGCUUCACCCAUUUGUAGUUGCUUAAAAGGGUUUGUUCCGAAGUCGGAACUGGAAUGGAGUAUUGGGAACUGGUCAGCUGGGUGUGUGAGAAGGACAGAUUUGCAGUGUCAGAGAAACAACAAUGGAACUACUGAGGGAAACAAUGUAAGUAAUACUUAUGACGAAGAGAAAGAACCAGAUGGUUUUCUGACACUUGCCAACAUGAAGGUGCCUGAUCAUGCCGAAUGGUGGCAAGGUGAAAGCACAGAGUGUGAACAAAAUUGUUUAGGCAAUUGUUCUUGCUUAGCUUACUCGUAUGAAAACAACAUUGGAUGCAUGUGGUGGGCUAGUAAUUUGAUUGAUACACAAAAGUUCAGCAACUUUUCGGAAGCUGGCGUUGAACUUCAUAUCAAGGUUGCUAAUUCAGAGCUCCCUAAGAAGAAGGGUGCCAAGAUAGCUAUCAUAAUUUCAGUGGUUGUAGGAUUAGUUGUGAUCAGUCUUUGCACAUUCUUUUGUUGGAGGUGGAUGGCAAAAAAAAGAGGAAAAAUGAACGAAGAAGGCAUAGGAUUUUCCUUAUUCCGUGAUACUUAUAGAGAAGUUUCAGACCCUAAUAUGUUUGGUGACAAUUCAGACCUUAAAAUGUUCAAUUUUGAAACCUUAUGUAUCGCUACAAAGGGUUUUAGCGCAGCCACUAAACUUGGGCAUGGUGGUUUUGGUUCAGUCUAUAAGGCUAAGCUACCGGAUGGACAAGAAGUAGCUGUGAAACGGCUUUCGAUGACUUCCGGACAAGGCUUGGAAGAAUUUAAAAAUGAAGUUGUGGUGAUCUCUAAACUUCAACACAGGAAUUUAGUUAGACUUUGGGGUUGUUGCAUUGAAGGAGUAGAGAAGAUUUUGGUAUAUGAAUACAUGCCCAACAAAAGCUUGGAUGCAUUUCUCUUUGAUCCAACCCAGCGGGCACUCUUAAAUUGGGAGAAGUGUUUCCAAAUUAUCGAGGGGAUAAGUCGUGGGAUCCUUUACCUUCACCGAGAUUCUAGACUAAGAGUAAUUCAUAGAGAUUUGAAGGCGAGCAACGUUCUGUUGGAUGAAAAGCUGAAUCCUAAAAUUUCAGACUUUGGGAUGGCAAGGAUAUUUGGAGGCGAUGAACUCCAAGCAGAUACUAGAAGGGUUGUCGGAACAUAUGGUUAUAUGUCUCCUGAGUAUGCAAUGGAAGGUCGAUUUUCAGAAAAAUCCGAUGUUUUCAGUUUUGGUGUGUUGCUGCUAGAAAUUGUGAGUGGAAAGAGGAACACUAGUUUUCACCUCCAGGAGUUAUCAUUAAGCCUUUUGGGAUAUGCAUGGAAACUAUGGAACGAAAACAUGAUGCAAAGACUUGUUGAUCCUUCAUUGCUAUCUGAACACAAAUAUGAGGUAGAUAUUAUGAGAUGUAUUCAUGUGGGAUUACUGUGUGUACAAGAGUCUGCCAAGGACAGACCAACUAUGUCCAUUGUACUAUCGAUGCUUACAAGUGAAAUUGCGAACCUUCCGCCUCCAAGGCAACCGGCUUUCAUAGAGAGGGAGGUGUCUUCUGCUUCAAGGUCAUUUCCUGAGACGGCAAAGCCUUUGUCUAUAAACAACUUAACAAUCACAAAUGUCGAAGGGCGUUGAACCAUUUUCUUUAUUUCUUUUUGUAUAUACAAGUCAAGUUCUUUCAUUCGUA